AUGGCGGACUCCAAGAAGAACACGGCCUUUGAUGGCUUGAGGGGUCAGCCUUACGAAGACUUCCACAACAAUGAAAGAUUUGAUCAAAGUCCCGACAAUGCGAGUACUAUUGAUGCUCAAAAUUUUGCCUACACUGAAGAUCGCAAGAUUGGCGUCACUGGCGCUGUUUUUCUGAUUCUCAAUAAGAUGAUCGGAACUGGAAUCUUCUCAACUCCAUCAAGCAUUUUUGCAGCAACAGGAUCGGUCGGUAUAAGUCUCAUGCUAUGGGUCAUUGGCGGAUUCCUCACCUUUUGCGGUCUGAGUGUGUUCCUUGAAUUUGGACUCGCCAUUCCUCGAUCUGGUGGCGAGAAGAAUUACCUGGAACGAGUCUAUCGUCAUCCCAAGUACCUGGCAACAUGUGUCUUGGCGUCGCAGAUGAUUCUCCUUGGAUUCUCAUCUGGCAACUCUCUUGCAUUCGGUCGAUACAUCCUUUACGCUUCCGGGCGAGAGACUCCUGACGGUUGGGAAGCUCGCGGAAUUGCUGUCGCGUGCGUGACAUUCUCGGUUUUGCUGCACAGCACUCUUCCGAAAUGGGGUAUCCGGUUGUUCAAUGUUCUGGGAGUUUUCAAAGUCGUGAUCCUCUUGUUCAUCGUCUUUUCGGGGUUUGCCGCUCUCGCAGGCCAUCGUCGUGUGCCAGACCCUCACAAUUUCGACCACGCUUUCAGAAUUGAAGAGGGAGAUGGUUAUGGAGGCGGUGGAGCUUACGCCUACUCGAAUGCCCUUCUCAACAUCAUCUACAGUUAUAAAGGAUGGGAAAACGCCAACUACGUCCUCGGCGAAUUGAAGAACCCUAAGAAGACUCUGUCAGUCGCGGCACCGCUUGCAGUCGGAGGUGUCACCAUCCUCUACGUCCUCGCCAACGUAGCCUACUUCGCUGCGAUUCCAAAAUCAGAUCUUGCCAAGUCUGAGGCCAUCGUGGCGGGUCUCUUCUUCAAGAACAUCUUUGGCGAGGGUGCAGCUGCCCGAAGUCUUCCAGCGUUUGUCGCUCUGAGUAACCUUGGAAACGUCUUGGCUGUUUCGUUUGCACACGCGAGAGUGAACCAAGAGCUUGCGAAAGAGGGAAUGCUGCCUUUUAGUCGCUUCUGGGCAUCAAAUAAGCCUUUCAAUGCACCUAGCCCAGCUCUCUUCCUCCAUUGGGCUGUUACCGUUGUUGUCCUGCUUGCACCGCCUGCAGGUCCUGCGUACAACUUUAUCGUCAACUUGUACACCUACCCCGGAUCAUGGAUCAACGGAUUCGUUACGGCCGGUCUCAUCUACCUCCACUACAGCAAAUCGGAGAACUGGACGUCACCCUGGCACACGUACCUCCCAAUCGCCGUUAUUUAUCUGCUCGCCAACAUCUUCCUCGCUUUCGUGCCGUUCAUUCCACCUGAUGGUGACUGGAAUGCCGAUGGCUAUCCGUACUACGUGUUCCCCGUUGUCGGUGUCGGUGUUUUGCUGCUCGGAGUUGUCUACUGGUUCUUUUGGACAAAGGUCUUUCCACGAAUCGGAGGUUACAAGGUUGUGGCUGAAAGGACUUUCAGCGACAGUGGAGUUGAGACUGUCCAGUACCGAAAGGUUCCUGUCAAAAAGGAUUAG